AAAAUGGUAAAAAAUUUGAGGCUUUUUACUGAAAAAAAGAAUAAGAAAAAAAUAGUGAGGUUACAGUCAUUCUACACUGAAGUCGAGAUAGAGAGAUAUGGCAAACCCCUCUUCCAAAGCUACAGUUCCUGUUCCCCGGAAGCUCCAAACGUCAUCAUCUUCACCUGGUGGGGCUGCUACCUCCACCAAAUCCGAUGACGGAGCUAACCCCUACGAGCCUCGAGUUAUGGGUUUCUUUAAAAGGGUAGGAAUGCACGAUCCCAAUGUAGAAAACUACAGUUCCAGAGACUUCUACUCCAAUCUAUUAUGCAACACCCUCAAGACCCACACUGUCCGACGUGGCCACGUCACCUGCUUGGCCACCGUCACACCCGCUGUCGCCAAUUAUUUUGGUGGGUUACAUGGAGGGGCCGUUGCGGCGAUAGCGGAAAGGGUGGCGAUUGCGACGAGUAGGACGGUGGUCGGUGUGGAUAAGGAAAUUUUCCUUGUUGAUUUGGGGAUAUCUUAUCUCUCUGCUGCUCCGAAAGAUGCAGAGCUGAUUGUUGAUGGAGCUGUAGUGAAAAGUGGAAGGAAUAUAACUGCAGUUUCUAUUGAAUUCAAGAUGAAGAAAACUGGGAAACUGCUCUUUACUUCUCGUGCUACCUUCCAUAAUUCACCCCUUGCCAAGUUAUGAAAUUCCCAAAACAAUAUUAUGCCCUUAUUAUCUCAAUUUCCAACUCAUUUUUCUCAAUAAAAAUGUGAAGUAGACAAAGUGAUCCUAGGAUUCCAUGAGAUCAUUCUUGUGCUUAUAAAUGUAAUGUUUUAUCUUCAAAUCAACACAACUCUUUUGCCACUAAACCGGCGUUUAUUUAAUGUAACGAAGUAAUUUAUUAUUGAUAUAGUUCAUAAAUUAGCUACAGUGAAAAAAAUCACCGGAAAACAAAACGUGGAUUACAUGGACACUUUGCAUCUCUGUAGUAGUAGGAAAAUUAUACAAUGUAAUAAGUUCUAAAUCUUCUGUUUUGAAAAUUUAGGCUUUUGAAUCAUGAAUGCUAAUAAUAAACUACUAGAUGUGGCAGCCAAAGCCCGUACAAAUGAGAAAAAGAACUCAAAAACCUAUUUGGCAAAGCAGUUCUUCUAUAUCUCAUCACCAGCGUAUCCAUUUAUAGGGAAUAUGGGUAUCCUGUGGGUGCUUGGCUUGAUAGGUGGUGUGGCAACUAAGCAUCCAAAACCAAUUUACAGUUUGACUAUAGAUGCUGGUCUCAUAUGAUCUUAUGUCCUUGCGUGUUCCGGAAUAAGACGUUGACGUAGUUCGGGAGAUGCACCAGCCAAUUCUGCAGUUGAAAUGUGUAAUUUGAGAAGUCAGAACAGGUAUAAAAUGCAAAAACAAUUAACCUACCUAGCUUACCUUGAGCCGUGAAAUCGAAUAGAGGAGGUAGAGCUCGCCCAUUAGGCAAACAUGCAGUGGGGUCUCUCAAAUCAUCAAAGAAAGGGUGUGCACAAGCCUCAAUCUGAAAACCAGGAAGUGAAGAUGGAGUUGGUUGCUACCAUUCGAAAUAGAGUGCUUAAGCUACAACUUGGUCAUAAAGGUGGGUUGGGGGAUAACCACACAACUGUUGUUCCCUAUCAAGAUUCAAGUCAAUAAACAAAAAUGGAUAUGCAGCUGAAAACAACAAUGAUACAUGAUGUGAAAUACUUACAGCGGUGCAACGUAAGUUUGGCGAAUACUGAAGCAGCCUUGACACAAGAUCCAAUGCUUCAGGAGGUAUUUUCCGGUUAAAUAUCUAAAAAUUGUAACUUGAGUUAGAUAUCCACUAUUAUUGCACAACAUAUAUGGAUAAUUAGAAGACGAUCCAAUAAGCACACCUUAUGCCAUGGAUGAGCUUUGAUCUGAGGGAAUUUGAACUCUGUAUAUUUUGGAUUCAUACAUUUGAUUUCUUCCCUAGUGGGAGUUCCCAAUUUCUGAUAUGAUAAAGCAAAAUGAAGUGAAAAAAUUAAAAAGCAGAUAAAA